UACGUAAACCCGUCUUCCUCAGGUACUAUCGAGGUACUUCGGCUGCUGGGUCUGGGCGAAUAUGCACCGAGCCCUCGAGACACCCCCUCCCUCCUCCUCCUCCUACCAUUACGGCUCACUCCGACCUCUUGAACUGCUCAUCCUCCUCCCCUUCGCGACGACGCGCCCCGCAUGUCUGCGAGCAAUGCUCCUCAACCGGUGAAGCUCUCACUACCUCUCGAAUACCAACAGCGCCUUUUCCAAGAACUCCGUGCCGAGGAUGAACUCGUCGUCAUCGCCAAGGGCCUCGGCCUCAUACGCUUGGUUACGAACCUGCUUCACAGCUACGAUGCCGCCGGAAACAAUUUGGUUAUAGUCGUUGGUGCCGAGCAGAGGGAGAAUGCCUGGGUUGGUGAAGGCCUUGCUGAGCAGGCUGUCGUCAGCGCCGCUCCCAGGGCUAGGGGCCUCGCUGUCGUGAACACCGAUCUCACCAGUGUCACCGCCCGGGAGAAGAUGUACGCAAAGGGCGGGGUAUACAGCAUCACCUCCCGAAUACUAGUCGUCGACCUCUUGACCGGCCUCCUGAACCCGGAGACCAUCACGGGAAUAAUCCUCCUGCACGCGGAAAAGGUGGUGGCCACGUCCCUCGAAGCCUUCAUCCUUCGCGUCUACCGUCAGAAGAAUAAAACCGGAUUUUUAAAGGCGUUUUCCGACAAUCCAGAUUCGUUUACCGUCGGCUUCUCUCCGUUGGCCUCCAUGAUGAAGAACAUGUUUCUCAGGAAGGCAUCCCUGUGGCCUCGCUUCCACGUCUCUGUCGCCAGCUCCCUAGAGGGUAAGAAGAAGGCAGAGGUCAUCGAACUCGAGGUCCCUAUGACGGACUCCAUGACAGAGAUACAGACAGCUAUCAUGGAGUGCGUCGAGGUUAGCAUCCACGAGCUGAAAAAGGGCAACUCCGGACUGGAGAUGGACGACUGGAAUCUUGAUAGCGCAUUGCUCAAGAACUUCGAUGUCAUGGUUCGACGGCAGUUGGACCCCAACUGGCAUCGGGUCAGCUGGAAAACCAAGCAGAUCGUCAGCGACCUGACCGUACUCCGUGGCUUGUUGCACUCCGUCCUAGCCCUCGAUAGCGUGUCUUUCCUACAACAUCUAGACACCAUCCACGCCGCACAUUCCCCGCAGCCGGGAUCUACGAAGCAGAGCCAAUCGCCAUGGUUGUUUCUCGACGCUGCACAUACCAUCUUCGACACUGCCAAGCGAAGGGUGUACGCCAGUAGUGCCAAAGCGAACGCAAAGUCUGCGAUUGAUUCGCUCCGUCCAGUCCUCGAAGAGCAACCAAAGUGGGCCAUCCUCGCUGAGAUACUAGAGGAGAUCGACAGGGACCUCUAUUUUGAACCUCUAGCGAAGGACGACUCAAACGGGACGAUUCUUAUCAUGUGUUCUGAUACGGCGACGACGCGCCAGCUCCGCGACUUCCUGCAGGUGAUGCACGUAGAACCGAAAGCUGAAACUGACGCGAAGCAGAACGAGAAGCACAAACCAUCUGGUGCGUUUAUGAUGAGGAGGAGGCUUCGAGCCUACCUCAAUUGGAAAAAAGAAUUUGCGCAAGUCAGCAAUGCCCUGUUCUCCGAGAACCAGAAGGCUCUCGAAGGCGCAGUCGACCCGCGACUAGCCCAAGGUGCAUACAAAGGGAGAGCGCCGGCGAACAAGAGGCGACGGGUACGUGGUGGUAGCAGCACCGCUGCGGUGUCCGGCAGGGCCGCCAACGGAAGCGUGGCACAGUACUUUGAAAAGCCCAACGAAGUUGCUGACCUCAUGGAUGAGGUAAAGAUCACGGAGGAAGAGGCCAACCAUAAACCUGAUAUCAUCGCAGAUCCGCUAGAGGACAUGGACGACUACUUUGAGCUUUAUGAGAUGCAAGAUUUAGUCGUCAUACAUGCCUACGACGGCGAUCUAGACGAGCACGUACUCGAAGAGGUCAAACCCCGAUACAUCAUCAUGUACGAGCCCGAUGCCGCGUUCAUACGUCGAGUCGAGGUUUACCGAUCAUCACAUAACGACAGGAAUGUCCGAGUGUAUUUCAUGUUCUACGGUGGGUCGGUCGAAGAACAGCGGUAUCUCGCUACUGUCCGACGGGAGAAGGACGCAUUCACCAAGAUUAUCAAAGAGCGCGCCAGCAUGUCUGUCGUCAUGACGGUCGACGCCCACGGCGUCGAGGACCCCCAAGAAGCCUUCUUAAGGACGGUGAACACGCGAAUCGCUGGCGGCGGCCGGUUAGCAGCUACAGCGCAACCGCCUAGGGUUGUCGUAGACGUCCGCGAAUUCCGCUCGUCGCUGCCGUCUCUACUGCACGGGCGCAACAUGGUCAUCGUGCCGUGCAUGCUAACGGUCGGCGACUACAUACUCUCUCCCACCAUCUGCAUCGAGCGCAAGUCAGUCAGCGACCUCAUCAGCUCGUUCAAGGACGGGCGGCUGUACAGCCAGACGGAGACGAUGUUCCAGCACUACAAGAACCCGAUGCUGCUGAUCGAAUUCGACCAGAACAAGUCGUUUACGCUGGAGCCGUUCGCGGAUCUCUCGGGCAACUUGAGGUCGGUCAACCCGAACGAGGGGCCUUCGGACCUGCAGUCGAAGAUCGUGCUGCUCACGCUGGCGUUCCCGAAGCUGCGGGUGAUCUGGAGCAGCAGCCCGUACCAGACGGCGGAGAUCUUCGAGGGGCUCAAGGCGCAGCAGGACGAGCCGGACCCGGUGGCGGCGGUGCGGGCCGGGCUGGACAAGGACGCGCGGGCGGAGGACCAGGCGUUCAACCUCGAGCCGCACGAGAUGCUGAGGGCGGUGCCGGGGGUGACGCCGCAGAACAUCAAGAACCUGACGCUCGAGGCGGACAACGUGCGCGAGGUGGCCAACAUGUCGCUGGCGGAGCUGCGCCCGCUCAUCGGCAAGGAGGCGGCGGCCCGGGUGCACGGCUUCUUCCACCGCAACCUGAUCGAUAUCGACGACUACUCGGGCGCGUAGGAUCGGCCCCCUCCCCUGCCUCCCCUUCCCAAAGCCGAGUCGUUGCCCCGAGUACGUGCCUACCACCGGAACCACCGAGUAGAACAGGGCGCUGGAUGUAGCGGGCACCAGCGUGGGUGGGGCGGGGAGAAG